AUGGAUGACUAUAAAUUUUUAUUUAAAGUUGUAUUAGUGGGCAAUGCAGGGGUUGGUAAGACGUGUUUAGUGAGACGUUUCACUCAGGGCUUAUUUCCACCAGGACAGGGUGCAACAAUAGGUGUAGAUUUUAUGAUCAAAACAGUGGAAGUUGGGAAUGAAAAAGUUAAGCUUCAAAUUUGGGACACUGCUGGCCAGGAAAGAUUUAGAUCAAUUACCCAAAGUUAUUAUAGGUCAGCACAUGCUCUAAUAUUAGUCUAUGAUAUAUCAUCUCAACCAACUUUUGAUUGUUUACCAGAUUGGUUAAGGGAAAUAGAAGAAUAUGCAAGUAGUAAAGUACUUAGAAUUCUUGUAGGUAAUAAAAUAGAUAGGGAAGAUAGAGAGAUUCCUGCCCAUGUAGGUGAAGAAUUUGCUGAAAGGCACAAUAUGUAUUACUUGGAAACAUCUGCAAAAGAGUCAGACAAUGUUGAGAAACUUUUUAUGCAAAUUGCAGAGGACCUUAUGAAGCAAGCGAGAAAUCGAGAUCUUCCUAGAUACGAUGCCAAUAACCAAACUCUCGAUGGUAGGACGUCGACUAUUAACGAUUCUAGUUGUUGUAGCAGGCUACAGUAG